UACAUUCGUUAAAGGCGUUAAAGUGUGACGACGUAUAGUUAAGUGUUUCCGGAAUUUAUAUAAAAAUAUUGUGAUUGUUGUAAAAGAAAAGGUGUAUUAAUACAGAUGUGGUGGUACUAAUACGAGAUGUAGAAAAAGUUAAUAACAGACGUACUAUUAAUAGAAAAUUAAAAAAGACACAAGAUAAUAAUACCAAAAUGUCGAAAAAGUUUAAGAAAGAGGUCAUGAAAAGAAAAUUAUAUGCUCAAACUUCUAAAGUCAAUGCUAAACGUUUCCGUGAAGCUAAAAUUCAAGAUCAAUUGACUGAGAUAGAAGAUAUAUUAGAUGUAUUUCAUGGAGCAUGCUGUAACGUUUCUCGUGUUUUACCUACUUUACGUAUUGAUGAAAGCAAUAACGUUCAGGAUAAUAAUUUAAUUGUAAAAGAUGUAUUAGUACGUAAUCUAUGUCAUGAAACUGAAGAUGCUGAAUAUAGUGAACACAAUAGCAGUGAUGAAUUAGAAGAUGAAAUUAAAUGUGACAUUGAAUAUUUGAGAGAUCGUCUUAUUCAUGAUAUAGAGGCAUAUUUAUUGAACUUCUUAACAGAGUGGGGUAUUCGAGAUAUAUCAUUCAAAAAAGUGGAUAAGCUUUUAGCAGGGUUGCGAGUUUUUUUCCCUGGUUUGCCAAAAUCAUAUAAAACAAUUGUUCAUAGUCUUCGUACUGUAAAUGUUAAAGAAGUUGGUCAAGGCAUAAUGUGGUAUAAAAGUAUCAAGAUUAACUUUGAUGAAAUAUUAACUGAUGACUAUCUGCAAAAGAAAAAUCAAAUUGUGGUGGACAUUAAUAUCGAUAGUGUCUAAUUACAUAAGAGUACAGAUGAUGAAUUUUGGCCAAUUUUAGGUUGCCUUAAUGGCGACCUAAAUUUCCUCUUAUUAUUAGUAUAUGAUAUGGGUAUUCAAAUUCCGAUGAUUUAGAAGGAUAUUUAUCUGAUUUUAUUGAAGAAGUUAAAAAUUUGACUACUAAUGGUUAUGAUUUCUAUGGUAAAAAUAUUACUUUCAGCGUAGGUAAUUAUAUUUUAAAUGCUCCAGCUAGACAAUUUGUUAAGGGCAUUCACAAUCAUAACAGUACAUUUUGCUGCGAAAGUUAAAGGCGUUAGAUAUAGGAAUCGUCAAAUGUUUUUACAUGAUGAUGACCUCUAAGUACGGAUGAGUCAUUUCAGAAUAGAGACCAACCAGAACAUCAUAAGUACAAUUUAUCUUUAGAACGUGAUAUGCAAUGUGAAAUGGUAUCUUCAUUCAGGCUUGAUCCGGUGCAUGAGUAUAUGCAGGAGUUUUUAAACGAUGAUUAUAGUUUCUCUUUGGAAUGAUUGUAGCAAUAGGCAAAAUUAAUAAUAGAGCUAAAUCUCAUUUAUUUGUAGAAAUGUUAGGUUGUAGUCCUUGGAUGUCUAUGGAGUUCAAUCGUCGACCUCAAUCUUUCUAUGAAAUAUUUAAGUAUAAAGCAACAGAAUUGCGGCGUAUCUUAUUGUAUGACGGUUUGCGAAUCUUUAAGAACACUCUACCUCCCAAUACACAUAAGAAUUAUUUACUUCUACAUAGUGGAAUAUAUAUACUGUCCAGUCCAACUGUAGUACAAAAUUCAAUUAUGCUCAAUGUUGUUGAAGAAAUUUUAAAAGAAUUUGUAAAACACUCUUCCCAGAUUUUUGGUAAAUGUUUCGUUGUUUACAACGUUCAUUGUCUGAUUCAUUUAGUCGAUUAUUAUCGAAACCAUGGAAGUUUGGAAUCAUUUAGUGCUUUUAAGUAUGAAAACUUAUGGGCAUUAUGAAACGAUAUUUGAGAUCAACUUACAAGCUUUUACACCAGUUAAUUAGACGUGAUGCAGAAACCAGAGGACGGCUCGUUCCAAAGAAGGACACAGAUAAGCGCAAUAAAAUUUUGUUGGAAAAUCAGUAUAACAAUUUUGGAGAUAACAAUUUUGUGGGAGAACAGUUUCAGACUGUUGUUUUAUAUGGUGUUACUCUUACUAAAAACGAGGCAAACAGCUGUUUCAAAACUAAAUGUGGAGAUAUCAUAAUCUUGAACAAUACCAUCCAAACACCUCAGAAUCGGAUUUUCCUAAUGAGAUGUAAGUUUUUAGAACAAAAAGGUUAUUAUAAUUUUCCUAUUGCAUCUUCUGAACUUGGAAUUAUAAAAGUUUCUCGUUUACAAAGUCACAGAACGGCUUAUAAAAUUAAACAUUUUUUUUAUAAAUGUGUUUUUUUCCGGAUAAUGAGGAAGCAUUUGUAUGCAUUUGUUACGUCCGGACUCCUGGAGAAUUGAGUCGGGAUGGAACGCAACUUAUACUUACCUCGAAACACACUCUCUCUUUCUUUUGCAAAACAAGUGUUUCCGAGUCGAACGAACAAUACAGGGUACUUAGACAGGUCAACGGUCGGAAAGGUCGCUCUUACUCUGUCAGUAGGCCGUUUCGUUCGGUGGUCCCUUUUCAGUAAGGGAACUGAAUCCCUGUUACGCAGGAUAGGACCUUGUGCGAUCUCGGGGGUACGGGAAGGAAAACGGGUUAAUAAGCUACUCUGAUUUAAAGUUAAAUCUUACAAUUUAUUCAAAA